AUGCUAAUCUAUCAUCACUCAAAACCGUUCCAAUCGAUUCUUCAUCUACAUAACCUGGUCUAUAGGCAUCUUGAAAGUUGUGAAGUUGAUGGAUCUAGUAGACCGGUGAGGGAUGGCAUAGUUAAUGUAGAUUUUGUUGCAAGAUCUGAUGCUAGAGCUCGAGCAGCUGAUUUCUUUUGGGCUAAAGCACGUUGUCGCGCCACCAACUUAUCCGCGCUUACAUCCGAAUCGGCCUAA